GCACUGUAGCCCCACCUGCUUCCUUCACACGGAAGAAGAGCGACGGCGGCCAGCAGUAAACAUUCCUCAGCACGACACCGCGGUUCAGCACACUGUGACAGGGCUGUGGAGGAGCUAAUGGAGGGCUUCAGCUGUUUACCUGCGCUCAUAAUGUGAGGAGGAGCUGAGGGCCGGCGGUAUGGAGCUGUGGAGGGGUGUGAGCCCGGUCAGCAGAGUCUCGGUGUUCCCCGCUGUGCUGCUGCUGCUGCUGCAGCUCUCUGUGAUUUACUGUGAUGUCUCCACACACACCACAGACUCAUCCUCACCUGCUCUGGAGAGCAGCCAGCUUGGUGACUUUGUGGAGUUGGACCUGGACUCUGACACAGUUACAGUUGAAUCCAGUGUGCAGGUGAACUACAGGUGUUCCCGGGCCUGUAGAGUUGGACUGGAGGUUGUGUUCUCCACUCAAAACACCACCGGUGUCAUACCUUUCAGGAGAACAUGGACUCACCUUAAACAGAUUGGAAAUGCAAAGACAAAAAGGAUUAAGCUUGUUUUUCCUCCUGCCAUGAUAUACAAAAGAGAUUUCUUUAUAAGGCAGCCAGUGGAUGCCCAUGAUGUGAUGGUACGGGCUUGGCUGGUACACCUGGAUGGUAGCAGCCAUGUUGGAGAAGAUCAGUAUCACCAGUCUCUGGUCAGAACAAAUGCAUUUUUGCAGACCACACCUUUCUCUGAACGUCCUGUCCAACCGAAGACCACAUCAGUGGCUUGGGGGCCGGAGCUAAUGUGGAAUCUGACCAAAGACAGACUAGAGCAAAGCUCUCCAGAAUCAGAUGUUGUGGACUUGUUAGUGUUCCCCUUUGCAAGCACAGGAGAGAAAUAUGGUGUCAUCCGCACAUUCUCCUCCUUCAUCAACAGAGAGCUGGAGGCUGAACGUCUUCGUGCUACAGAAAAGCCCAGACUGACCCUGUCGGUGUGGUUGUACCUGCUGGACUGGUGCAGCCAAAAAUACUGCAGCAUUCUCAGACACAUCAACGAGCACCAGAAGUACGACAGUCCUCUCAUCAUGCUGACAAAGUCAGGUGAUGUCGUAGUGCAGGUAUUUUUGGUCUCCAAAGUGGAAUCAGCGUUCACAGCCCACACGUCUCUCCCGCUCCGGACCUGGAUCCGACUGGACCUCUUCAUCCACGACUCAAAGGCAAAACUUAAAAUUACACAUGUAAAUCAUACAGGGCAUAUAGCAGAGACAACACACACAUACACAUUUCUGGAUUCCGUUUUGCAUAAUGAUACAUCAGGAUUCUUUGUGAUUGGUGGCGACAUCUACAUGCCGGGGAUUUUUGGCUAUUUUGGACCAAUCAGAUAUUACCGUCUAGGAGAUGAAAAGGUGGUCAAUCCCCUGUCUCCAUUGAGGACCUUAAACCUGCUGGAUGAAGCCCAUACAGAGUGUGAUGAGAUCAGACAGAUCACUGAGGAUUACAUACAAGCUCUGCUGGACAGCCAGGCCACAUCCCCUGAUGAUGUGUGUGAGUCUUAUUAUGAGGAAUUAAGGAGGGUCUUUGGCUGGCCGAGGUGUGUGCAGAAGUGGUCCUGGGAUCAGCAGGUGAAAUACAGCACUGUACUGAAGAUCUUUAAAAUGCAUAAAGAAGAACUGAUCUCAGACCCGUGGAGCAGCAGCAUGGUUGAGCUCUUAAGUCAGCAGCUCGUCCAGCAUGUGAUGAUGAUGCUGGGUGAAGUGGCAGGUGGUGGUGGGGGGCCGGAGUCUGUGCCCUCUGUAAGGGAGCUGCUGAAGGUGUGCUCAUGCUGGGGUCAUCACCAGGCUUCCCUCAUGCUCGCCACGUUGCACCUGACUGGCCUCGGGCUGCCUCCUGACCAGGAACAGGGUCACGUGCACAGCCUGAUGGGUGCUUUAGGAGAUGAGCGUCUGUCUCUGCUUCACCUGGGUUAUAAACACAUGCAGGGACUGGACGGCUUCCCUAAAGACCAGGACAUAGCUUAUGCUUACUAUUCCAAUGUGGGCCGGCAGACCAGCGUUGACCGAGAUAACGUCCUGGACUCUGAGCAAUCCAUGACUGAGCAUGUGCACCUGACGAAUAUGCAGGAGAUGCAGAUGCAUACAGGGGAGGAGGGGGAUGUUGUGCCAUUUCUCAAGCUACAGGCAGAGAGAGGAGACAUAGAGUCCCAGAAAACUCUGGCACGGAUGUUGUUCUGGGGCAGUAAUGGUGUGACGAAGGACAUCAGUGAAGCAGUGAAAUGGCUUGCAAGGAGUGGACUGCAGAUGACCGAUGCUACAGCCAUGUACGACUACGGCAUUCUCCUGCUAAAGGGCACUGGAGUGAAGAAGAACCGAAAACUGGGACUGAAACUGCUGGAAAAGGCUGCUGACAUGGGCUCGGUGACUGCGCUGAAUGGUCUGGGCUGGUACUACAGCACUGUGGGAAAAGACGACAGAAAAGCUGUGCACUACUUUGACCUGGCUGCUCGUAACGGUAGCCGCGAUGGGGUCUUCAACCUGGGUGUUUAUCACCUGAAAGGGGCCCACCCCGAAACAACUGGAAGGAAUGAGACAGCUGCAUUUCAGUGUUUCCUGAAGGCUGGUCAGCUGGGGCAUGUGGAGGCGUCAGUAGAGGCAGCAUCAUAUCUCUCUAGAGGAACCGUAGCAGGGGUCCGCAGAGACCCCGAGAAAGCUGUGAUUCUACUGAAGCAGGUCAGUGAAAAGAAUGGUCACCUGGGCUUCAGUGUCCAAGAUGCUCUGAAAACCUACCAGCAGGGAUCAUGGGACGAGGCUCUGGUGAAAUAUGCUAUGCUGGCAGAGACUGGUCUUGUUGUGGCACAGAACAAUGCUGCCCACCUUUGUGAGGUGUUGAAGCACGAUUCUAGCUGUCAGUGGAGGUAUCAUAACUACUCCACCUAUAACCACGUUCCUCAUCCAUCUGGUCUUCUGAAAAUGGGGGAUCACUACAGCUCUCUGGGUGAUAUGGUAAAGGCUAUAGGGUUGUACAGCAGAGCAGCACUACUGGGCAGUCCUCAGGGAAUAUAUAACCUGGCAUCUUUGGCUGAGGAAGGAUACAGUAUUUCUACAAGUGUUCUGGAGCAGAUGAAGAUUCGGACAGAGCUGGAUAAGAGCACUGUGGUGGAGCAACUUUUACUGAGGUGCAGGGAUUUUGAAGGAGUGAAGGAUGAUAUAAGUCCGUGCUCUCUGGCUCUGUUCAGAAUACAGUUGGGAAAGGCAUGGCAGAACUUCACUCACAGCAGCACACAGCUGAUCCUGGUUUGGGGGACCCUAACCACUCUCUUCUUGUUUGUGCUGGGCAUCAGCAUACGGAGUGCUCUCUCCCAUUACUCUGCAUAUUACUCAGUGAGACAGUUAGAUCCUGUCAAUCAAACAGGUGUGGAAAGUCUGGACACAGCAGCAUCUCAUCAGAGAGGACCUCAAUUUCCCCCAGGACUCACUCAUUUGGAACAGAAUGGCCGCUCUCAUUCGAUUCAGAACAGACAACAACUGCAAGAGGCAGCAGAUCUGGUGAUCACGGCAACAGGAGUGUGUGUGUGCGCCCUGUGUAUCAUGUUCGUGACUCACCUGUUUUAAAUGAAGAGUUUGAACAGACAGAGCUAGUAUUGGUCAAGGACUAAUGCGUAAAACUGUGUGAGUGUAGGAGUACGCAAGGCCAUACGAGCACAGGAUGGGCCCACUGAUUAUGCUGAUAACGCUCAUAGAUAAUGGGUGCAUACCUCAGGAUCCGGAACACUUUUUCACUGUGCUUAUAUGGGCAGGGAAGUCCUUACCUGAACAAGAACAUAGGCUGAGGUUCUGCUGUGUGAAGGUUAAAGCUGAUAUUUAUGGUUCUGCAUGAUCUAGGUCACCCUUUAAAACAUAAUCAAUUUUUUAAUUGGAGAUCUUCUUGAUAGUUCUGAUAAUAUUAUUAUUAUUGUUCUUGUUGUUAUGAUCACCAUCAUCAUCAUCCAAAUCACCAUCCAAAUGAUCCAAGUCAGUAUCACGUUCAAAGCCAUGACUGCAACCACUGUAACUACCAGUAAAUACAAUCCAAUCUGGGUCAAGUCUAUAAAGAUCAGAAUAAAACUAAUAAAGCACUGUGUUAAUUAUUUCAUGUGAAUGUCUAAUUUCACCACUAGAGGGAGUCAAAGCUCUACUAAUGAUCUGCUGGGUAAAUCCACCAGUGAAUCACCAGGGGGAGCACGAGCAGCUCUUACUAAAGAACAGCUUCCCCAUAGGGACAUAACUGAUCACUUAUAUACUUAUUAUCCCUCCUUUUUAAUGACUGGUGACUCAUGGUAAAGAUAAUAGUGAUGUUAACGACGAUGAUGGUAAAUAAAAGUUGGACAUUUGCAGUUGUAAAAAGUAAUGUGCGAUAAGGAGAGUCUCUAAUCCACUAUAUCUUAAAAAAUGAUACAAGCUAACACCCCCCAAAUGUUUAAAAAAAUUAUAAUAUUGACUACUAAUUAAAAAAUAAAUAUUAAUUUGAUCUACCCCUCAAUCCAUUAAUACAAUCCUGAAUUGGAAGCUGACUCUCACCUUUAUGUUCUAUAAUAAUUGUACAACUUAUUCCUUAUUCCUAUUUCUGCUCCUGAUAUAUCCAUCCCGCCAUCUUUCCAUUCAUCCAUUCAUUUAAUUGUUAAAUGUUGAAUCUGCUAUAUGCUUUACUGAACUUCAGUAAAUUCCUGGAUACAGGAGCUUAUUGAUGUUAUUGAUGUAUUCAACCAUCAACCAUUAUCCAACUAAUCAUUAAAUGUUGAAACUCCA